AUGAACUAUCUUGAGUUUGAAGUUGAAGGAAGCUCUGCUGAAUUUGCUAGUGAUAUUGGUGAACUGAUGGAGAGUUAUCUCGCUGAAAUUGCUUCUGAUAGAAAUGUAAACUUGGCGAAAUUCAUCGGUUUCGCUGAAUGCAUUCCGAAACAGUCUAGGAUUACUGAAGAUGGGAUGUAUCGAGCCAUAGACAUCUACCUCAAGACACAUCCGAAUAUAAGUGAAAUGGAGAAGAAGAAAGUUUGCAACUUAAUGGACUGUCAAAAGCUAUCACGAGAGAAGUGUGCUCACGCAGCUCAAAACGAUCGUCUCCCUGUACAAACCGUGGUUCAAGUUCUCUACUACGAGCAACAAAGUCUCCGUGAAAUUUUAAGCGAUUCAGAUUCUCCACCAGCAGCAGCAGCAACCGUAGAAGAUACUCAUCCUCCUCCUGAGCUCAGCUCCUACAACAAUGAACUCUCUAAACUAAACCGCGAAAACCAAGAAUUGAAGCUCGAGUUGAUCAAAGUGAAAAUGAAGUUCAAGGAGUUGGAAAAGAAUCAGAAAGCUUUUGAAGUCACGAGUGGUUCGGAUUGUUCUUCUUCGGUGUCUAUUGCUUCGGUGGUUAAGCCUAGAUUACCGAGAAAGUCAUUUAUGAGCUCUGUUUCUCGACAGCUCGGAAAGCUGAACCCUUUUGGCCAAAAACAAGUACAAACCAAACCACCUAAAGGCCGAAGACACUCUAUAUCUUGA